AUGAAAACUCUUCAUUUUCUCUUACUUAUCUUGAUCGUCUUUAAUGUUGUUGUUCAUGCAACCGAUGACAAAGAUUUAAACUUUUAUGAUGAUAAAGAUCUCACAUGUGAAAAGCUUUUCAAUGUAUCCUCUUGCAAUGAUUGUCAAGAAUUAAUCUUUCACGACAUUAAACAAGAUGAAGAUGAUUGCCCAACAGCCUUUAAAUUUAUUAAAGAAAUUAAAAAAGUAAUUAAAGAAUCCGAUGUAAAAAAGGUUGACCCCUAUAAUAGUACUUAUUUCAAAAAAGGAUUAGAAAAUUAUUGUGAUCUACCAUUCAAUUGUGAUCCUCAAACUGCUAAAAAAUAUUGGACAAAAAUUGAAGAUGUUUGUUCUGAAGAAUUAAAUAAUAAAAUAGAUUGGAGUAGUGAUCCUAAAAAAAUGGAUAAAAAUAUGAUUCUGGUCUUUGAUAAUCUCGUUUACAUACAUUAUCUUGGUGUUACGGUUGAUGCGGAAAUUAAAUGGAUACGUAGAGUCCCAUCUGCAUCAGCUGUAACAAUUAUUAAUGAAUUUAAUAAAGCUACCGAUAAAGAUCCGGAACCUACUUACUCCCUUGAUGGCAAAUACGUUUUCAAGAAGGAUGGUACUAGAAUACUCAUUCCUAAAAAACUUGCCUGUGAUGAAGAAUGUUACGAGUCAAUUGUUAAAAUGUACAAAUCUUGGAUCAAGCAUUACGAACUAAGUCCUGAAGUAAUCGAAAAUAUUUUCGGUUCUGAAGAUGAACUUAAUGAUUAUUUUAGUUGCAAACCUGAUGAUAAACGAGGUGUUCAACGAACAUCUGGUUCUUGUUUAUCACCUCUUCAUUCUUCAUUCUUCUUUAAUUGA